CGUCCUGCAUAAAUAGAGUCGAGGUCCAGUCUUAAGCAUCCGGCAGACUACCGUUACAGAUUUCAGUGUGCCACCCCCUGUCUAAUCGUAUAUUACUGGAACACAGGAAUAUCUACUGUACACACCAAGAGAAACAUCAUGCGUCUCCCAUAUGUUUCCAACCCCCCGCCUACAAGCACCCCUGAGGAAGCCGACAUCCUCGCUCGUAUGCAGGCGCGACGAGCCCCCGGGGAACUCCUACCACUGGACCUGGCUCUCCUGCACUCAUUUCCCAUUGCUGAGGGAUGGAACACGUUUCUGGGCGCCAUCCGGUCCCGGACCAGCCUCUCGCCCGUUAUCCGUGAAUUGAUUAUCUGUCGCGUGGCAGUUCUCAAUGGGGCGGAGUUUGAAUGGGAACAGCAUGCGCCGCUGCUGAAAGAAGGCGGGUUUCCCGAGGAAGCAAUGCAGGCCAUCCGCGACGUGAACCUGGAUAUUCCUCGGCUUGUACAGUACAAAGUGUUGAGUCGGGAGGAGGGUGCAGUGUUGAAGUAUACGGACGCCAUGACCAAAACGGUGACGGUACCGGAGGAAAUCUUCCAGGAGGUCAAGACACACUUUGAUGAUCGGGAAGUAGUGGAGAUUACGACUACGGCCGCUGCGUACAACUGUGUGAGUCGGUUUUUGGUUGCGUUGGAUGUGGGCGAGAAGAACAAUUGAGUUGUUUAUGAAGCAAAGUGGAUUACUCCAGGAUUAGCAUGCAUGCAGUAUCAGAUUCCACCCGAGGUUGGAUUGUGUAAGACAGUAUCGAUAGAGCCGCGAUGAUAACAGAUAACACCAGGAUUAGGUGGACAUUGAGAAGAUACGGAGUAUACUGACUGAUAGAAGACUAAUGGCAC